CGUAUUUAUAACCUUAACUUCUGUGAUCCAGAUUGAAUCGCGCCCUGGUCAUUAUCAUACGUCACUGGAUUAGAGCGGGUUGCUAAAUAUACCAAAUAUAAACAUCGCUGCUGCAUGAGGGAAAUGUCAGAGAACAGGUUGACAUGAUGUUUGACCUAAUGCAUGGGACAAAAUGCAUUGUGGAUCCUUUCCCCUGCUCAGAUGUCAUAUGUAUCAACCAAUCAGUGUGUUCCAUGUCAUCGUCUGUGUCAUUGGCAGACAGAUCGCUAAAUAAUAUGGUGUCUUUAGCAGACACUUAAAAUACACCCAGGCAGUGUAAGAGCUGCCAUUCAUCAGCAUAGCGUGGGUAGAAGAUGUGGACCAGACAUUGUCAGUGUGGAACUACAACAGGAAGAACCAGUCCAGGACAGGAACAUGUGUUUAUGUAACUGUAUACUUAUACAUACUAUCAGCAGAAAACAACACCAUUGGUAAAUGGGAUUAUCUCAUCCACUGAUAUGACCUAUUGUUUUUGUGGUGAUUCAUAACUCCACCUGCAUUCGUGCUGGUUAUGGCUUACUUGGUUCAGAAGGAACUCGAGCCUGAGAGCCUGAUUGGUUCAGGUGGUACUCUAGUCUUAGAGACUGAUUGGUUGCCUCAGGCUUUGUGUUGAUUGAGAUCAGGUUUCACCACUACACACUGAAAUGCUCUGCUCCGGACACGCCCUGCCUCUUUCUCAGCCAGCCAGUCACUUCCUGGUUUGAAUCGGUAGGGAACAGGAACGAUUAGCAGAAUGUCAAUGACUAGUAGAACGACCACGAUCGACAGAAUGGCAGCCAUCAGCAGAAUGGCAGCAGCCAGCAGAAUGGCAGCUAUUAGCAGACAAGCUACCACUAGUGGCAAUUUCAUUAGUCAGGAUUCACAGAGGACUUCAAACAGUAGCAAUAGUAGUUCAUAUCUGGACCAGAUGGAAAGGACCAGUAAGAGCAGGCCUAUCCUUCGAGACCAGAUGGAAGGGACCAGUAACAGCAGGCCUAUCCUUCGUGACCAGAUGGAAGGGACCAGUAACAGCAGGCCUAUCCUUCGUGACCAGAUGGCAUCCACCAAUAACAGCAGGCGUAUCUUUCAAAACCAGACGGCAUCAACCAGUAACAGCAGGCCUAUCCUUCGAGACCAGGUGGCAUCAACCAGCAGGAGCAGUAGGUCAAUUGGUAGAGACCAGAUGGCAUCAACCAGCAGGAGCAGUAGGUCAAUUGGUAGAGACCAGAUGGCAUCAACCAGCAGGAGCAGUAGGUCAAUUGGUAGAGACCAGAUGGCAUCAACCAGCAGGAGCAGUAGGUCAAUUGGUAGAGACCAGAUGGCAUCAACCAGAAGCAGUAGUCUGCCUGUUAGUCGUAACCAGAGGGCAUCAACCAGUAGCAGUAGCAGCAGUUCUUCUCUGGACCAGGUGACAGUUGCAACCAGCAGACGGGUAGUCACAGGCAGUAGUAUCUCGCUGAAUCUGGACCGACAGCCGUUCAGAUGCCCCGUGUGUCUGGAGGUCCUCAAGGACCCGGUCACCAUCCCCUGCGGACACAGCUACUGCCUGGCCUGUAUAGAGGAGCACUGGGAGGGCAGGAGGAGGAAGGGGGUGGCCUCCUACAACUGUCCACAGUGUAAACACGCAUUCAUCCACAGACCUGGGCUCCACAGGAACACAGUACUGGCGGAGCUGGUGGAGAACUUACAGAAGACUGAGGACUCGCCCCCCCCCUCCCUGAUGGGACCUGAAGAUGUGGAAUGUGAUGUCUGCACUGGGAGGAAGAACCCAGCAGUCAGAUCUUGUCUGGUGUGUCUGGCCUCCUACUGCAAGACACACCUCCAACAGCACGAGGACAGACACCAGCACAGACUGCACAGACUGACCAGUUCCCCUCAGCAACACCUCCAGGACAAGGUCUGUCCACGCCAUGACAGACUGCUGUCAGGCUUCUGCUGGACUGACAGGCUGUGUGUCUGUUCCCUCUGCCUCAAAGACAGACACCAGGGUCACGAGACGGUCUCUGCUGCUGCAGGACGGACAGAGACGCAGAGCCAGCUGGAAGAGGGUUUGAGGAGAGGUCACCAGAGGUUAAAUGAGAGAGAGAGAGAACUACAAUACAUUAUCAGAUCCAUCAAGCGUGGGUCUCAGGCAGCAGUGCAGGAUGGGGAGAGGGUGUUUGACAAGCUGCAACGCUGUAUAGAAAAGAGACGCUGUGAGGUGAUGGAGCUGAUCAGAGAACAGGAAAACAAUGCCCUGAGACAGGCACAGGAGCAGAUGGAGAGACUGGAGAGAGCAGAUGAGGAAUUGAGAUGGAGAGACACAGAGCUAGAGCGGCUCUCACACACCAAGGACCACAUCUACUUCCUUCAGAGGUGCCCUAACCUCCCUAAGAGUGUGACUUUACCCAACAUUGACCUGGACGUGCCUCCAUCCCACUGGAUCAGAGCAGUGAGAAGGGCACUAGAGGACAUUCAGAAGAGACUGCAGGAGCUCUGCAACAAAGAAUUAACAAAGAUCGCUGACCUGAUAGGAGACCAGAGUUCAGUGGAGACGGGCCAACCAGCACCUACUGCGCCCCAGUCAGACAUCUCAGACCCACCAGAGCCAAUCACGAGAGCAGAUUUCCUACAGUACUGCAGUCCCCUGGUCCUGGAUGUGAACACAGCCAACCCCUACCUUUGGGUUUCUGAGGGGCGGAGAGAGGCGACGACACAGGGGAACCCGCGGCCGUACCCUGACCACCCUGACCGCUUCACCAGCUGGGCUCAGGUGCUGUGUGGCGGGGGUCUGAGCCGAGGGGGGCGGGGCGGCGGGCUGACUGGGCGCUGCUACUGGGAGGUGGAGUGGAGUGGACAGGGUGGCGUGUCGAUAGGAGUUUGCUACAGAGACAUGAAGAGGCACGGAGAGGGCGACGACUCCAAACUAGGACACAACCCCCGGUCCUGGAGCCUCGACUGGACCCCCUCUGGUUGCUCAGUGCACCAUGCUGACAACAGCAGAACCCUGCCAGUACCCGGGUCCAACCGGGUUGGAGUGUACCUGGACCACAGGGCUGGGACUCUGUCCUUCUAUAGCAUCUCCUCAGACACGAUGGCCCUGAUCUACCAGGUCCAGACCACCUUCACAAAGCCACUCUACCCAGGGUUCUGGGUUGGCCUGGGAUCGACUAUCACCCUCUUACCACAAGAUCAGAAAGGUUCACUGUAACGUUUCUAGACGGUCAACUGUCGGGAUUCAUGUUUCACACUUACAAACAGGACUGAUUCCCUGAAGCGCUGUCUUCCUUGGAUUUGUAAAACACACCUCUUCUAUUAAAUAUUUUGUUUACUAAUGUAUUUGAGAAAUGAAUUGGCCAAAGAAACUUCUCUUGAUCAGUUAUAUUACAUAAAAG